AUGUUUUCAUUUUUUUUCCCAGAUUUUUGUUUCUCAGCUUUUCGUUUCUUCAUCGCCGAGUUCAUUUUUUCGACUUGUUUUCUUCUUUUCCUUCUUUUUAUUCUAUUGUUUCCCUGCUUUUUAUUUCUUCUGAGAUUAUUCGAACGCGUUUUCUGUAUUCUCUUCUGUCUUUUCUCCUUCAAAUUUUCCUUCUUUCGUUCGAUGUUUCAUUCAUUAUUUCUUUCUUUCGGUCAAAGCUUUUUUUUCUUUCGGUUUUUUUAUACACUAGUUUCUUCAACACUCCGUCUAUUCCUUCCUUCCUUCAUUCCUACCUUCCUUCCUUCCUUCCUUCCUUCCUUCCUGCCUGCCUUCCUUCCUGCCUGCAUUCCUCCCAUCCUUCCAUCCUUCUUUCUUUCUUUCCUUCCUUCCUUCCUUCUUUCCUUCCUUCCUUCCUUCCUUCCUUCCUUCCUUCCUUCCUUCCUUCCUUCCUUCUUUUCUUCCUUCCUUCUUCCCUUCCUUCUCCCCUUUCUUUCUUUCUUCCUUCUUCCCUUCCUUCCUUCCUUCCUUCCACCUUCCAUUCUUCCUUCCUUCCCCCUUUCUUUCUUUCUUUCUUUCUUUCUUUCUUUCUUUCUUUCUUUCCCUUCCUUCCUUCCUUCUUCCCUUCCUUCCUUCCACCUUCCUUUCUUCGUUCCUUCCUUCCUUCUUCCCUUCCUUCCUUCCUUCCUUCUUCCAUUCCUUCCCCACUUCCUUUUUUUCUUUCUUAAUUCUUCCUUCCUUCCUUCCUUCCUUCCUUCCUUCCUUCCUUCCUUCCUUCCUUCCUUCCUUCCUCCCUCCCUCUCUUCCUUCCUUCCUUUCUAUUUCUGA